AUGGCCCGAAUCAAAUUUACCGGGCCUGUGUCAACGGUCCAACUACAGCCAACUCCUAUUCUCCAAGGCCUCAUGUCAAAAGGUGACGUCUCUGUCCAGACUGAAAGGCAGGCGGAAGUGGAGAAUAUCUCGAGAUCCAUAGUUGAAGAGAGCACAGCCUUGAAACAGCAGCAAAGCCUGGAAUUGGUACAAAUCAUGCUGCACGUCUCGCUCGGGACGUUGUUCUAUCUCCGCGAGUUUCUACCGCUCCCGUGCUUCGACGAUCGAGAUCUGAAAGAGGCUCAGAGGGAAAACGCUUUAUCAUACAGAGAGUUUAUAGAUGGAAAACCGCACCCCGGAGGAACCGGAGUUCUUUCACAAGUCCCCUUCGGGACCGGGAGGAGGGGACAACCACUGAAGAUCAUCGUCCGCGAUUCCGACCCCAAGGCUAAUAUGAUACUCGAUGUCCUGGAAAACGGCAUAUUUGAUGCGCUCAAGAGAAAUGUCCUCGGUGCUAUUCAAUUCACCAUUCUUGUUGACAAAGACAAGCCAGAAAAUGUCUUGGAGACCUAUACUUUUACUUUCAAAUACUCGAAAGGUUCUGGCGGUGUGAACAGUCGCCUUGAGAGUCUGUCGAUCAAUCCUGUGGGCUGUGUCGCCGAUUUGAAGUCUGCUCAAACGGCCAGAGUCGGUCUAGAGACGAUAGUUCGAAGACUGAUUACACUCAGUACCUUCCUACCGAACCUCCCACAUAAAAGGAAUCUGGGAAUCCAUUUAUUCUAUACCGAUGACUGUCCCCCGGAGUACGAGCCUCCCGGGUUCACCGGCGCGAUGAAUGACGUGAUCAAAUAUCCACUUAAUGAGAACUGGAGAAAGGAAACCCAGUCUUGCGGAGCAAUGAAUAGCGGAUGGCAUACGGUGGGACUGAAAGUGACGUCCCUCAAAUGGACGGGACCCGACCCAGAGGGGUCGGAAAUUGUACCGAAGGUGCCCAUGGACCUCGAAUAUAGAGACGUGGUGCACCGAUCUGAGGACAUUGGACUUGCCGAGGAGAAAAUCAACGAGGAUGACUUGAAAAUCCGAUCGGUUCGUUCCACCGACAUGUCUCAGGAAGCAACCCAAGAUAUCACUGAAAGAGAGAAGUUGCAGAUGAUGAUUCCUACCCAGAGGACAUCCCCUCUGCCGGACAGCGAACUCGUUCCGACCCAACCGAUCAAUCCCAGACCCGUAGUUGACCAUGUCGAUAAGGGAGACGCGCAUCCAGGCCAUGGGACUAUACUGUCACAGAAAAAAGUUGCCGAGAUCCAGAAGCACGUUGGGCCACGAGAUAGGACUCUCGGCGAGGGCAACGAGAAUCAGCAAAGCGUUCGAUGUCAAUGCGGAUGGGAUGGAGAGGAAUCGGAAAUGAUUGAGUGUGUUUUCUGCCAUUCACGUCAGCAUGCCGCAUGCUACGGAUUUGACAGCUCGGACGACCCCAGAAUUCCUGAUGUCCAUGCGUGCUAUCAGUGCCUACUUGAGCCCAAUGAGGUCCGGUUACUGAGCGAGAUGACUAGUCUGGUGCUCUUGAGACGAGCCCUUAGGAUCAUUAUGGAUGAAGGCUAUCCAAGUCAUACUUCAUUAUUUACUCAGAAACUCCACUGCAAUGGGCAAACUAUUAUUCAGAUUACUGAUAUACUGAAAAAACAAAACAUCCUUCAGCCGACUCCCGGUUACAAACAAAGAGGAUUCCUCAGGAAAGGCUUGCCAAAAUUCAAGAUCUCGCCCUCGGAAGAAAUCCAGCAGAAGAUGAAAGAAGAAAUACUCAACCCAAUGGCAAAGAUUGGGCAUCACUAUGUUCUACCUCGCUCCUUGGCCGGACCCGCUUCUCGAGAUCAGGCUCCCGUUAUAGGAGCAAAUGUGGGAAUAGACCAGGAAACUCCGAAACGAGCAGAGUCUCUCGGCAAACCGGCGGAGGAAAACUGUGCGCGCAAGAGAAAGCAAUUGCCGCAGAGCCACGAAAAUGAUGACGACUCCGAUGACCUUGAUAUGAACAGCAAUCAGCCACCGACGCAGGCACAAGCCAUUGAUAGCCACCUCGGCGGAACCCACGAGUUAAAAGACACUCCUGUUGAUAACUCAAUGACUUCCCAGAAAGAAGGGCUCGAUAGCCCAUCGAGUAGCGAGGGCGCACUUCGACGUAGCAGCAGGAAAAGACGCAAAAUCAGCAAUUACUCUCGGCUGAUUGAUAUCGGCGCUGCAACGAGCGAGGAUGAACGGGUGCUUUGA